AUGUCAUUCUUAUUCCACACGACUACUCCAUCUUACGCUUCCGAACAGCUCUCUUCCCAUCUAUCUUCCCUAUCCACCCUCCCCAUCUCUACUCCCCCUUCCAGCCUAACAGCUACCACUGCCACUGCAGCAUCGAGUAGAAAGCCCAAUCAUAAGCUGGAGAAUGCUCUGAACGAGCUGUCAUCUACCAAGCACGUUUCGAAAGACAAACUCAUCCAGGUCCUUCAGGAUUUAUCUAGAUUCCACGAACAGGACGGACAUGUCGGUACAGCUCAAAGCGAAGCUGAAACCGCAGUGGAUGAAGAAGUGGAAGUGGAAAUACUAGGUCGAGCCAUAACGAUAAUUUGGAAAGAAACUUUGCAAGUCUUGCUUGACAAUGCAUUACGGUUAGAUGAGGAGAGAGGUUGGUGGGAGGCGAGUUUGAAUAGUCGUAGAGGAGUUGGUGUAUACCUCUUGCAGACAAUGCCCCAUAGGAUCUACGCCGCUCUCCCACCUCGAUCCAAACUCUCUCGACCUGAAUUACGAUCUUUCAAACUCCCACCACGAGAAUUGCUAUUUAAACCUUUACGUACCAAGACAUCUCUCGCUAUCACCUCUAUAACUUCCCCAUACAAUCUGACCAGACGGGAGAUGUUAUCUUCCAAAAACGAGUUGACGCAAAAGAGGGAUGAGUUAGCUGAGAAAAUUGGUAUAUUGGCUUCUCAAGGUCCAAAAUGGCAAACUCACAUAAACACAUCAGGAGUAUCGGAUGUCAAAGAUGAGAUUGAAAGGAUAUUUUCAACUUUAUCCAAAGUACUUGAUUCACCUACACCUGCAACUCUGUCAUCCACCAAAUCGUUAUCUAUAUCAUCCACUUCACCUAUCUUACUUAAUCUACUUCAAGAUCAGAUACCCAAACAGAGAUCUUCGAUAGAUUCAAUAUUAUCUGUUCAUUCUAGGCCAUCACCUCUUACGAGAUUAUGGUUCCCGCUCCUUUUCCUUCCUCCUACUUUGUAUAUUGUCAGCUCUGCUAUUGUCCGAAACAAAGAAUGGAUGAAAGAACAAGUGAAGAAUGCCAAAGAGACAGUUAGAGGUUUUUUCGUAAGUUGGGUUUGGGAACCUUUAGAAGGGAUCGCGAAGACUCUAAGAGGUGGGGGAGAAGGAUUAGGUGUGGCUCCUACAACUGUUAAAUCCGAUCAGGAGUCUCUCGAACGAAUGGUACUAGACUUAGGAAGGGACUAUUAUCAUCUAUCUGGACCUGAGCUGGACGCUUUGAGCGUAAAGAUCAGAUCAGGCGAUAUGGAAGAGGUCUUGAGAGUGUAUGAAAAGGAAUUGCAGAGCCCAGUGAAAAACGCAUUGAUGGGUAGUUUGAUAAGGACUUUACUCAUUCAAGUACAAAAGACCAAGACCGACCUAUCAUUAUCGCUUCUCUCGCUUGACCACUUACUUCGAUCUCAACAACUCACAUUUGCAUUUGUCGGUCUUGCACCCAGUUUGUUAGUCCUCUAUGGGCUUGGAGGAUGGCUGAGAGGAGUAUGGCGAGGUGAGAAGAGAGGAAAGGGAAGGAAGAAGCAGUAUUUCAAUGGAUUAAGAUCGAUCGAAAGGUUACUCAUAACCUCUCCAAAGGCGGUUGACGAUAUGUCCGAUCGAGAUCGAGGAUUAUUGAUUAUAUCAGUCAGUAAUCUCCGAACGUUCGCUACUGGUUUACCGGGCAGCUCGAGGGAGCCAUUCAUGGAUGAUUUAAGGAUGAUUGAGAAUCCCUCGUUGAAAAGAGGCGAUAAGUUGAGAGUUGUAGAGAGGAUUUGGAGAUGUUGGGGUGUGGAGGGGAAUAGAAAGGUUUAG